AUGGGUAUGCAACGGCAUGUCAGUGGAAGCUUGAAACAAACAAAUAAAAAGCACAAAGGGGAGAGGAAGAGAACUAUUUCCUUAGAUUCAACCAAGAAAUUUGGAACUACAGUCAAGAACAUGUCGAAGAAAGAUAGAAAGCACUUGGCCAAACAGCAGAGACUGUUAAAGAAUAAAAUGAUAGUAACAGCUCAAAAACAAACGGAAAAGCCAACUAUGUGCUUGUUGCUCCCUUUAAGCAAUAGUAUAGACUUGUCGCUUGCGCAAGUUAUGCUUUCUAAAGGCGAUUCAAAGUCAGUCAAAACCCCUUUGCCUGAUAUCGAUCUUCCAAAAAAUUCAUUCAAAGCCAGCUACAUUUUCUCUCCAAGUCUUAAGAAGUCCUUUUGUUUUGUAAAUGGAAAAUAUGGGGAUCUUUUCGGCUGUCUUGACCUUGCUAGAAUGGCUGAUUGGAUCAUUUUUGUCCUUCCUGGUGACUUGCUUAAGAUAGAUAUGGAUAUCUACUCUGAGAUCAUGACUGCCCUCUACGCCCAAGGUCUCCCACCCUCCGUCUUUGUUAUCAUGUCUAAUAUUUCUGAUCGCAAAGAAAUUCUUUCUUUGAUACAGUCCAAGUUCUCAGUCGAAGAUGGAAAGGUUCGCACACUGAAUUCUACUAAUGAUGCUCACAGUCUCCUCCGUUUUCUCUCUCAGUCCCAGAAAAAACCCCCAUUAUCAUCGGCAAAUAGCUACCUAGCAACUAAGAACGCCCUCAAGGUUGGAACCGCUGCUUCGCGUCUUCGAAGUGGAAUGCUUGUAGAGUCGAUCCAUGUUGAACCACAUGAGGAAAAUGAAGGCGAUGUGUACCUAAAGGUGGAAGGUCUACUUCGUGGAUGGGAUAUGCCUCUCUUUGAUUUAUCUUCCUACUUCAAGGAUCAGAAGCGUAGUGGUUGUCCCUACAUCCAUGUGACUGGAUGGGGAGAUUUUCCUCUCCGUUGGGCUACUUGGAGAGAGUACAAACCCAACCACAAACUACAUCAGCCCACCCCGCGGACCUUCACCUGGAAUUCCACCUCGGAAUCUGAUGAGCACUUGGCCGAUGCUCUCACAGCUGCCUGGGAUAAUCUGCAGUUAGGAGGAAGUGAUGAGGAGUACGAAGACUUGGAGGAUGAAGAAAGCACCGAAUUCGAUGAAGGUGAAGAAAUGUCUGUUGAUGAAAAGGAAGAUGACGAAAAAGAGUUCGGAAAUAAUUCUACUGCUCCACCAGAGUCUGAUGGUGAUGAUGACUCCGUUUACUUUGACGUUAAUGAGAAUGAAGACACUUCGAUCAAGGGUGGUGUCACUUUCAAUAAUAGAUCCGAAGUAACCGAAAUUCCAUCCGCGAUUGACAAGCUGAAGGCCUCAAGAACAGAACUCCUUUUUCCCGAUGAAGUAGAGACCCCUCAUAACAUUACUGCUCGUGAGAGGUUCGUUAAGUAUCGUGGUAUACCCAGCUUCAGUGAAUGUAUCUGGCCCACGGAAAAUGAUACCUCCCUCCCGUUUGAGUAUAGCAAGAUCUUCAGGUUUGGAAAAUACUCCCAUAAUCGUAGAACACUCUCCAAAUACACUUUAAAGGUUCUGAGGGAGCUUGCAAGUGAGGAGAAUAAACCUGAAGAACCGACGCAUAUUCCCUCCGGUUCAGUUGUUAAUCUGGCCUUGGGUCCUAUUCCACAGGCCCUUGGAACAUCUAUUUUGGAAUGCCAUACAGAUGCUACUCAUCCCAGACCUCUCACUUUAUGGUCCCUUCUUCCAUAUGAGAGAUGUAUGUCGGUAUUGCAUCUCACAAUGCACAAACGUCAGUCGGAAAGGCAGGAGUAUGAAGCUGAAAUGAAAGAGGUAGGGGAAGAGGUAACUGGGAAGAAUGGUCAGCUUGAUCCGGAUCCAAUUAUGGCCAAGGAACCUAUGCUCUUCCAGGUUGGCAUUCGUCGUUUUACCGCAAAUCCCAUCUACUCUCAACCCCUCAAGAGGGUCAACUCAAACUCAAAAAUGGAGCGCUUUUUUACUCUUGCAAACUCUCCUAUUGUCGCCACAAUGUAUGCACCGGUUAUCUACGCUCCACAAACCGCUCUUCAAUUUCGUAUUGAGCCAGCGGAGUGUGGUAAUAAGAUGCGCUUGAGUAAUCUUAUUGCUACUGGUUCUGUACACUCCGUUGAUCCCACAAGGGCAAUCGUCAAGCGUAUUCUUCUCUCAGGACAUCCCUAUAAGAUCAAUAAACGUUCGGCUGUUAUCCGUUACAUGUUUCACACUCCUGAAGACGUUGAAUACUUUAAACCAAUCCAAAUGUUUACAAAAUCGGGCGCUGUUGGUCAUAUCAAACAGUCGGUUGGUACUCACGGUCUGAUGAAGUGUCAAUUUGAUCGUCAACUUAUUGCAUCGGAUGUGGUUUUGAUGCCUCUAUACAAGAGGGUCUUCCCUAGAAUGACCUUCCGUGCUCAAGUUACAGCUGAAUUCGCAAAUGCUGAGGAAUCAGUUGCAUUGGUACCUCCUCAGCAUCAAAAUAAGCCAAUUCAAGGUAUUCUUAAGUCGGCGAAGAGGGUCGAGGCUGAUGAGGAUGUUCCAAUGCGAAGUUCCAUAUUGUCUCCUGAGGAAGAGGCUCUGUUUUCAUAA